CAUCAAUUUAGAGGUGUCUGACACAUUCUCUGCUCAGGAGCUGUGUUGACAAAGAUAGAAGACGACACGGGGUGAGGCCUUCUCAGCUCAAAAUCUGUAAGUUGAAACCCAUGGUAGGUCCUGGUAGGAGCAGUUGCGGCUUCUAUUUAGGAGAAAUUCUGUGUGUUUCUUGCUCGGGAUCUGGCUCUGUUUUUUCUACCUCAAGAGCCUACAACUGGAGCUUCGAUAAGAGAAGAGAGCAGUUCCCAAAACAGGUUCAGGGCUGGGGCAGUGAGAACUUGAGGCAAGAAAAUCCAGCGGUUCUCCAACUAUUUCGUGGCAAUUUUCUUAGUGGCAACUUAAGAAAUGCAACCGUUUCCUAUGAUAGAGUAACUGCUGCUGAGAGUGGGCGAUUUAAGCCCGGGCCUGGCAAGUGGAGCGGGACUUGGGCGUGUCCCUGGGUCUGCGGUGUCGCGCGCCCCCUGCUGGCCGCCGGGCCCAGAACAAGGCACGCGCUGGGGAAGCGAAAGCGAAAGGCGCGGGGAGCCGGGACGCCCCGGCCCGGAGAGCAUCGCCCGCAGAUCGAGGGGAGACAACGUUGAGACAGUGCGAGGGGGUUCCCAGCUCAGCCCUCCGCACUUAAAGGAAAGACCCCUGGAGCUGCAUCGCAGAAGCCGCCGCUGACCACGCCAUGCGGCUCCCUGACCUGAGACCCUGGGCCGCCCUACUGCUGGCAGACUCGGCCUUACUCUGGCUGCUGCAGGGACCUCUGGCGGCCGUGCUUCCUCGAGGGCUUCCAGGCCUGUGGCUGGAGGGCAUCUUGCGACUUGGAGGGCUUUGGUGGCUGCUGAGGCUGGGAGGGCUGCUGGGAUAUGUGGGGACACUGCUGUGCCCCCUCUGCCUGGUGAUACCCUUCUUUCUCUCCUUGAGGGCCCUGGUCCCAGGAGCCUUGAGUGCUCCCCCAGCCAGAGUGGCUUCAGCCCCUUGGAGCUGGCUGCUGCUGGGGUCCGGGGCUGCGGGGCUCAGCUGGGCAGUGUGGGCUGUGCUGAGUCCUCCAGGAGCCCAGGAGAAGAAGGAGGACCAGGAGAACAACAGAGCUUUGAUGUGGAGGUUGCUGAAGCUCUCCUGGCCGGACUGGCCUUUCCUGGCUGCUGCCUUCUUCUUUCUUGUCCUUGCCGUGUUGGGUGAGACACUAAUCCCUUACUAUUCUGGCCUCGUGAUUGACAUCCUGGGGGGUGAUUUUGACCCUGAUGCCUUUGUCAGCGCCAUCUUGUUCAUGAGUCUUUUCUCCGUUGGGAGCUCACUGUCCGCUGGCUGCCGGGGAAGCGCCUUCACCCUCGUCAUGUCCAGGAUCAAUCUGCGUGUCCGGGAGCAGCUUUUCUCCUCCCUCCUGCACCAGGACCUGGCUUUCUUCCAGGAGACUAAGACAGGGGAGCUGAAUUCACGGCUGAGCUCGGACACCAAACUGAUGAGUCUCUGGCUUCCUCUGAAUGCCAACGUGCUCUUGCGCAGCCUGGUCAAGGUGCUGGGACUCUUCGGCUUCAUGCUCAGCUUGUCGCCUCGACUCACCCUCCUCUCUCUGCUCCAGAUGCCUCUCACGAUAGCGGCUGAGAAGGUGUACAAUGCCCGCCAUCUGGCAGUGCUUCGAGAGAUCCAGGAUGCAGUGGCAAGAGCAGGGCAGGUGGUGCGGGAGGCUGUGGGAGACCUGCAGACUGUGCGCAGUUUUGGGGCCGAGGAGGAAGAAGUCUGUCGCUAUAAGGAGGCCCUGGAACGAUGCCGGCAGCUGUGGUGGCGAAGAGACCUGGAACAGGCCCUCUACCUGCUCUUAAGAAGGAUGCUGGAGUUGGCAAUGAAGGUGCUGUUGCUGAGCUGUGGGCUGCAGCAGAUCCUGGCUGGGGACCUCACCCAGGGUGGGCUGCUCUCCUUUCUGCUCUACCAGGAAAACAUGGGCUCCUAUGUGCACACCCUGGUAUAUGUGUUUGGGGAUAUGCUGAGCAACGUGGGGGCUGCAGAGAAGGUUUUCUACUACCUGGACAGACAGCCAGAUCUGCCUCCACCUGGGACAUUGGCCCCUUCCACUCUGAAGGGGGUGGUGAAAUUCCAAGGCGUCUCCUUUGCGUAUCCUAACUGCCCUGACAAGCCUGUGCUCAAGGGUCUCACAUUCACCCUGCAUCCUGGUCAGAUGACUGCUCUGGUGGGGCCCAAUGGGUCUGGGAAGAGCACCGUGGCUGCCCUGCUGCAGAACCUGUACCAGCCCACGGAGGGGCAGGUGCUGCUGGACGAGGAGCCCGUCUCCGCCUAUGAGCAUCACUACCUGCACCAACAGGUGGUUUUGGUCGGGCAGGAGCCUGUGCUGUUCUCAGGGUCUGUGAGAGACAACAUUGCUUAUGGGCUGAGGAGCUGCAGCGAUGAGAAGGUGAUGGCCGCUGCCCGGGCUGCCAGGGCAGAGGAGUUCAUAAACGAAAUGGAGCACGGACUCUACACAGAUGUGGGGGAGAAAGGGAACCAGCUGGCUGUGGGACAGAAGCAGCGUCUGGCCAUUGCCCGGGCCCUCGUGCGGGACCCACGAGUCCUCAUCCUGGACGAGGCCACCAGUGCCCUGGACGCGGAGAGCGAGCAGGCGCUGCAGGACUGGAAAUCCCACGGGAACCGGACGGUGCUGGUGAUCGCGCACAGGCUGCAUACGGUUCAGAACGCGGACCAGAUCCUGGUGCUCAAGCAGGGAGAGCUGCAGGAGCAUGCGCAGCUCAUGGAGGGGGAGGACCUCUACUCCUACCUGGUGCAGCAGAACCAGAGGCCGGAGGGGGGCACCCCAGAGACACUGCCCUCUUCCCAGGGCCAUCUCAGUGACCCAGAGGAGCUCCUGCUUUGACUUUCCCCGGGAGCUGCUUUUGGAGCUGGAGGCAUGAUGGAGGUUUAGACGGAGGAUACUUUUGUUAGCGCACGGGGAGUGGGGGUGGGGAGGUUGCUGUCUCUAUCCAAGAACCUCAUUUACUUGAUGAACAGAACUUUGGUGCUGAGAAGUGUAUUGUGGCAUAACAAAUAUAUUUUAAAAUAUUUUUUGCUUAUUAUAUAAAUAGCACACAUUCAUAUGGAAAAUUUAGACAGUAUAGACAAGUUGGAAGAAGAAAAGUAAAACUAGCCGCUAUUUCACAUCCCAGAGGUAAAGAUGGUUACUAUUUUGCUGGCUGUCUUCCUGUCUUCAUUGUUCUUUGAGAUACAUAUUAACUAGUAUGACUUAAAUAUUCAUGAGACUGCUUUUCUGUAUCCUUUCCCAUUCCCAUCAGGGUCUGAGGUUUGGGGGGAGUUAGGGUAUGGAGGGCUGGAGCGCAGUUCCCUAAUUAACAGUAUUAGUAGAAUAUAGAUAAUAGCUGGUUUACAGAGUUUUAAUAUGAGUAGGAACUAUGCUAAGCAGUUUGUCAUAUAUUAUCAUUUUUAAUCCUUAUCCUCAUCAUAUAUUUGAGGUUGGUUGUCAUCCCCAUUUUAUGGAUGAGAAAACUGAAUCUCUUAAGAGAUUAAAUCACUUUCCAAAGGUUAUACAGUGGUGGAAUUUGAAUUUGAAUCCAAGCCUGACCCCCGAGUCUUCACUCUCAACCAAUAAAUUACAACCCAUCUUGUGUCAUAAUCUGCUUUAUAAUGAGAUCGUCAGGCCCUUUUACUUCUAGCUCUGAAUCUCAUCUCUUCCCUCUAGCCCUGUUAACAACUUUCAAUCAUAGUGUUAGAUGCUCUCAUCUCCAAGGAGGUUCCCCUACAUUGGUUCCCCUCUUCCAGCCAUUCUUCACUCUUCAGGAAGUCAUUUUUCUUUCUAGAAGACACCUAGGACAAUGUCACUCCUGUAAAAUCCUUCCAGUGUCUUCGCCGCUUUCAGAUCUUCCUCAGAGACACAGGUUCUUCUAGCCCGUUUGUCUCACUCUCUCUUGUUGGAUUCACCUCCAUCCACGACAAACUUCCUGCCCUCCUGAUGCCUCUGUGCCUUGGCAUGGGGUGUGGCCUGCCAUUUUCCCCAGUUCUUUAAGAUUCAACUCAGGGGUGAGGUCUUCCAGGAAACCUUCCCUUCCCUCCUCAGUCUGGAGAAGGUGUCCCUCGCAUGUGCUCCCAUAGCUCUGCUCCUGGGGCUUACCUCUUUCACAGUCCCUCUUGGACUCCCCCCCCCCCCGUAGACCUCUGUCCUUCCACUUGACCAUGAGCUCCUGCAGGGGAGGCUGUAUGUCAUAUUAAGCUUUAUAUCUACUACCUGACACAGGGCUCUGUUCAUAAUGGAUGAUACAUAAAUGUUUGCUGGAUAAAUGAAUAAAUCUCCCUCCUCUGUCCUCA